AUGGUCUCUCGUUUAAGCACCUGGCAAUUACUGACUCUUUUUCUCGUGGUAUGUCGAGACGUUCUUGCUUCUCCAGGAGAUAAUUUAGAUGAAUUCAUAGAUUGUUGUUUUGCCUGUGAAUACAAGCGUUCGUGUCCUCAUUCACAGAUACAUUACAUUGAUCCCGAGAAAAAUGUGUUUGCCAACGCUGCGUUUGAUCAAACCCCGGUUGUAUUGGAGACGUUUCUUUUAUGGGAUUGUAUAUCUGAUUGUGAUUAUCAAUGUCAGCAUAUUAUCACCAAAAUGAGAAUUGCUCAUGAUGAGGAAAUAUACCAGUUCCAUGGGAAAUGGCCGUUCGUGAGAUAUUUCACCACGCAGGAGUUCUUUUCUACCAUCUUCAGCAUAGGGAACUUCAUACCUCAUUAUUACGGUUACCAGAAAUUGAUGAAAAAAAUAAAUAGUGACAGAUUUAGGGGCGACAACGGAAGAAAAGUCAGUAUCUUACGAAAUUAUGUUUACGUUUCCAUUGCCGGUAUGCUUGCCUGGACAGCAAGUACCAUUUUCCAUUGGAGAGAUUUGUUAAUUACAGAGAAAUUGGAUUAUUUCUUUGCUGGAUUCACAGUUUUGACUGCAUUCCAUGCCAUCUUCGCAAGAAUGACUAGUCUUGCCUUGUAUCCUCAAUUACACCGUAUAUUUUCCGGGUCUGUCGUAUUCAUUUUCCUAUUACAUAUUCUACGACUCUACAUAGACUGGUCCUACACUUACAACAUGAGAUUCAACAUUUUCUUUGGACUCUUGCAAUAUGGGUUACUAUUGAUGUUAGCGUAUCAAAAUUACAAAUAUCUACAACAGAAAAAGAUUGUCUCCAGGUCGUUCUACGAUCUGCCUUACUCCCGCCAAGUGUUCCAAUUAUGCCUAAUUCCCAUCAUCAUGGUGGUAUCCACCGCCCUAGCGAUGUCGUUAGAAGUAUUUGAUUUCUUCAGUUACACAUGGCAAAUUGAUGCUCAUGCGAUAUGGCACUUCUGUACCAUCUGGCCCUCGUGGUUCCUGUACGACUUCUUCAUCACAGAUUUCGAGCUGAUCGCCACGGACCUGACCAAGUAA